AACUCAGAGGGAAGUAGCCUCUCACCAAAACCGUUUACGUUCUCAAUACUGGCCAGACUGAAACUGCCACUUGGAGAAAAGAGGCCCAGACCCAGAACUCCCACCUGUGCGAGGCCCUGAAGCCCCUCAUGAAUCCCCGAAAGAAAGUGGACUUGAAACUUAUCAUUGUUGGUGCACUUGGAGUAGGAAAGACCUCUCUCCUUCACCAAUAUGUUCACCAAACAUUUUUCGAAGAAUACCAGACCACACUGGGGGCCAGCAUCCUCUCCAAAAUUAUCAUACUGGAUGACACGACUUUGAAGCUACAGAUCUGGGACACAGGUGGUCAAGAGCGCUUCCGCUCAAUGGUAUCAACAUUCUACAAAGGUUCCGACGGCUGUAUCCUGGCAUUUGAUGUCACUGACCCAGAGUCCUUUGAAGCCCUGGAUAUCUGGAGGGAGGAUGUCCUGGCAAAGAUCAUCCCUAUGGAGCAGUCAUAUCCCAUGGUGGUGCUGGGGAACAAAAUAGAUCUGGAAGAUAGGAAGGUGCCCCAAGAGGUGGCCCACGGAUGGUGUAAAGAGAAGGAUAUGCCGUACUUUGAAGUUAGUGCGAAGAAUGACAUCAAUGUGGUACAAGCCUUUGAGGUUCUGGCCAGCCGGGCUCUGUUGAGGUAUCAAGGCACCGCAGAGAAUCACCUUGCAGACUCCAUCAAGCUCACUCCAGGCCAGCCACGAAGCAGAUGCUGCUGACGCUAGACUCCUUCCAGACUCCCGAUGACAGCUGUGCAGGCCACCCAUUCCAAGCUCUAUCCCACCAGCUGGUACUCAGCUAGGAAGCUGAACCACUGCAGCAGGAGAGAAAAUGUCACAGGCAAAUCCUGGCCCCAGAGCAAUCAGUCUUGAUGACUCAAGCUCUUCUUUCUCCCUUCCCCCAACACAGUCCUGCUCAUCUCUGCAGACAAGCUGCUCCCUUCAGCACUACAGACCUACAGCUUUGGAUGGAGAUGCAGCUCUGAUUCCCUCAGCAGCCAGGACAUGGACCACUCCUGACAGGAGAAGCCUACAGCUUCUGAGACUUCCCACAGCUUCUUCCAGGGAAAGCUAAGGGAGCAAGAGAAAAGCAGUUGUUCCUGCUUCCUGGGUGCUCAGACAGCUCCCAGAACUGACCAGGCCUCAGUGUACCCUCUGCCAAAUGAGAGUUCCCAAGGUUCCCCAUAUCCCAGUGUGAUUUGAGGACCAUAAACUCCAUUUAAAUCCCACAUGCUGGUAUGGACACACAUGCUCACUCCUUCGGUGAGUAUUUUUGAUACCUUCUAUAUUCAUUGCACUGAAACCUGGUCACACACAAAACAGACUUGACUCCUUCACUCCCACAGAAGGAGAGGGCCAGCAGACAGGAGCAGGACAGAGGACAGCAACAAGGUGCUGUUUUAGACAAAGGGGCCAAGAGGGCUUUCCUGUGACGGUGACAGUUGGGCUGACAGGCACAAUAUGAGCUACAGGAAGAGCAUGUCAGGAGAGGGAGCAGCAAGGCCAAGGCCCUGAGGCAAUGGACAACGUGCUGCAUUCCACGUGAAAGGUCUUUCCCUGAGGACUCAGAGCUGCUUCUCAGAGAAAAAAGGCCAAGGAUUUCCUAUCCCCAGAGGGUACCUUGAUCAUUUGAUGAUGACCACCAGGGGGCAGAAGUGUCAUCUGCUUCCAGGCUGAGGCGUUCUGGGGACACUUGAAAAGCUGGUGUUUCUUUCUGUCAAGAAAAUGGUUGAAACUUGUUCCCAGGCUGUAGGAAUGUCGAACCUGGGCUAGUUGGAAAAAAACAAAAAAUUCAAAUGUCCUGGGUGAAAACUUCAGGAUCCUUAAUUCAGGUAACAAAUCAAAGUCAGAGACAGAUCCCAGAGCAAGGUACUUGAAGAGUUAUAGAUUCUGUGCCCUGUACAUUUCAAAGCUAGAAACUAUUUUUAAUUCUGGCUUCACACACCACAGAUAGGGUGGCCCACUCUGGUAGGUAGACAGAAUGUACUUUCAGGAGCUUCGAUGGUCCAUACCUCGUGCCUUCCACAGACACUCCUGUCUCCACAGAACUCUUCUUCCCUGAGUUUCAAGCAGGUCAGAGGUAUUAGAAAAACAACUGACUCAAAAGAUUUCACUGAGAGGCAGGUGGUCAGGGGUCACUAACCAGGGGACCUGGGGACCCUGUCUGCCCCCACCUAGCUCUGAAGUAUAAAGCAAUUCACCAUGGACAGCAGUCACAGAAACAGUGAGCCCUGUGUCCUUCAGAGAUAAACACUGUGCCCCCGUCACACACGGGUGUGGCUCUCUUGGAAGUCAGACUGUGGAGAGAUGUGUGGUGUGUGAGUGGGGGGUACCCAGUCAGCAGCGCAAUGAACAUCUAAGAGUAUACAACAAAUAGUGUUUCUUUUGUCAACUGUGGACCAAAAAUACUAAAUAGUGAAUCCCAGAAAUAAAUAACUUACAACUUUCAACACAUGUGUCAUUUGAAGUAGUGUGGUGAAGCCCUGAGCCAUCCUACCCAGGCCAGUCACCCCUGCUCUAUUCAGUGCAUCUAACCCAGCAGUUACUUUGUAGCUGUCUCAGAUGUAUCAACUGUCAUCAUUCCAAAUGUCUCUAUUAAUAGUAACCUAAAGUUAUGCCACAAUGCCCACGUCACUAUCUCAUUGCAGAGAUUGCCACCAUCCCAUGUUGUCACAAGAGGAUAAGGUUGAGAACAGUACAGUAUUUUUGAAAUAUACAUUUAUAUUCUUUUAUUACUAGUAUA